CCACUGGGCGAGACUGUCUUUCUGUGUUGGCCGCAAAAGAGGAGGGGAGAUGCUGCCUGGAGUCUGGAGAAGGGCCGCCGCCAUUAUUGGGAAGCUGACAAAAAAUAAGACUUACCCACACACCGCCACACAUUUUUAGGCUGCCAGCAGCCCAACAACACUAGCGAAGAAGACCGGAAUCCAUACUUGUUUUCCUCUUUUUUUGUUUUUUAAACCUUCGAUCGGAUCAUUGAGGACAGCUGGCCCCCUUUUCCCUCUCUUGGCGAAUCUUUUAUUUUGCACACAACAAAGGAAAUAAUAAUUGCUCCAAACAACGUGGUGGCGAAGCAAGAGACAAAAAGACUCCGAAUGGACGCGCUUUAAACUUGGAAUCCCUCCAUUUAACCCCUCGUUCCUCGUUCCCAGGCGUGUUGAAGACGACUUUGUGUGGCAUUUUGACUGCUUUCCCCCCUGAACUAGCGUUUGUUGGUUAGCCCUCCGGCACACACUCGCACACGCAGAAAUGCUAAUGUGAAAACUUCAGACGUGAGAGUAUAAAGUGACAAGAAAUGGACACUUGAACACUUUUCGCUCCUGAAAGCGGAUAAUAAUCGAUGAAAGUGUUGGCGGGCACUGUUUUGGUCUCUUUCUAAAGACGGCGAGGAGGAAAGGAGUGGACGGAAUCUGAAGGGGGAAGGAAUGUUAUGGGUCAGAUCAGAGUAUAGCGAAUCCUCUUGCACGGGAUACCCGUGUCCUUGGCAGCCUCCCCCUCUGGCUAGAGCUUGAGGCAAGCAUGACAGGAUGAGCUUCUGCCAGCGAUGAUGAUGGCCAAAAAGCAAGAUGUGCGGGCUCCCACCUACAACCUGGUCGUAGUUGGGCUGUCUGGUACAGAGAAAGAUAAGGGCCAAUGUGGAGUGGGAAAGUCCUGCCUGUGCAACCGCUUCGUCCGGCCAAGUGCUGAUGACUUCUACCUGGACCACACCUCAGUUCUCAGCACCAGUGACUUUGGAGGUCGCGUAGUGAACAAUGACCACUUCCUUUUCUGGGGAGAGGCUGGUAGGACUGUGGAGGAGGGGCCGGAGUGCCGUAUGAAUGUGGUGGAGCAGACAGAAUUCAUUGAUGACCAGACAUUCCAGCCACAUCGAAGCACAGCACUGCAGCCAUACAUAAAGAGAGCUGCCUCCACCAAGUUGGCUUCAGCUGAGAAGCUGAUGUACUUUUGCACAGACCAGUUGGGGCUAGAGCAGGACUUUGAACAGAAACAGAUGCCUGAAGGCAAGCUCAUGGUAGAUGGAUUCUUACUCUGUGUGGAUGUUAGCAGGGGCAUGAACCGCAGCUUUGAGGAUCAGAUGAAGUUUGUUACAAAUCUGUACAACCAACUUGCCAAAACUAAGAAACCUGUGGUACUGGUUCUCACCAAAUGCGAUGAAGGAGUUGAACGCUACAUUAAAGACUCGCACACCUUUGCACUAGCAAAGAAAAACCUCCAGGUGGUCGAAACAUCAGCACGCUCCAAUGUUAAUGUUGACUUAGCCUUUUUGACACUUGUUCAACUAAUUGACAAAAGUAGAGGAAAGCCUAAAAUAAUCCCUUACUUUGAGGCACUGAAACAGCAGAGUCAACAAAUUGCUUCAGCCAAGGACCGCUAUGAGUGGCUUGUCAAUCGAAUUGUGAAGAACCACAAUGAGUUGUGGCCAAGUGUCAGUCGCCGGAUGCAGACGGCUCCAGAAUACAAGGAAUAUGUCUUCCUUGAGGGCACAGCUAAAGCAAAGAAACUAUUCCAACAACACGUUCAUAGACUAAAGCAAGACCAUAUCGAGAAACGCAGGAAAGCAUAUCUAAGUACUCUACCACAGGCCUUGUCUAUACUACUACCACAGUUGGAUGAGAUUGACCACUUGAGCUGGUCUGGAGUUCAGAAAGUGUUGGAGACCAAGAGAGAUUUUUCACAUUGGUUUGUUGUACUAGAUGACACACCAUGGGAGACCACACCCCACAUUGACAACAUGGAGGAUGAUCGCAUACCACAGGACCUCCUUGAAACUCGCACGGCUGAGGCUAUUUACGAGACCCACUUGGAGCAGCUAAGGAAUGACCGCAAGCGGGCUGAAAUGAGAUGGGAGUUUAAGGAGAAGCUGAGUGUCUCUCCAUUCAUUUCUCCAGGUAAACCGUGGGAAGAAGCACGUAGCUUCAUCAUGAAUGAAGACUUUUACCAGUGGCUUGAUGAAGCAGAAUAUUUGGAUAUCUACAAUAAACACCAGAAGGAGAUUAUUGACAGAGCCAAAGAGGACUUCCAAGAAUUGCUUCUUGAAUACUCUGAGCUUUUUUAUGAACUGGAGGUGGAUGCAAAGCCAAGUAAAGAAAAAAUGGGAGCAAUACAGGAACUGCUGGGUGAGGAACAAAGGUUUAAAGCCUUACAAAAACUGCAGGCAGAGAGAGACGCGUUGGUAUUAAAACAUAUCCACUUUGUCUACCACCCCACAAAGGACACCUGCCCCAACAGCCCCCACUGUGUGGACUCUAAACUUGAGCAGAUACUUGCCUCUAGAUUCCCCACUCGCUAUGCGUCACCAGAUAGUUCAAGAGUAGACGGAGGCAGAGCGGAAAGGAUAAAUCUGGUCAUCCUUGGCAAAGAUGGGCUUGCCAGAGAGAUGGCCAAUGAAAUAAGGGCAUUGUGUACCAGUGACGAUCGGUACGUGCUAGAUGGAAAGAUAUAUGAAUUAGCCCUUCGACCCAUAGAAGGCAAUGUACGUCUGCCAGUUAAUUCCUUCCACACACCAACCUUUGCACCCCAUGGUUGCCUGUGUUUGUACAACUCAAAAGAAUCACUAUCAUAUGUUGUUGAGAGUUUAGAAAAGCUUCGAGAGUCAACCAUAAGUAGAAGGGACAGAGAAAACCUUUUAGCCCAACUUCCACUUUUCCUCCUGCUCGUGACUAAGCGUGGGGUUGGUUCAAUUGGGGAUAUUGGAGGGGAAACUGCUCACACUCUUAUCCAGCAAGGGGUGCAGGUGGCUGGAAAGCAGCAGUGCCGUUACUUAGAACCAGCCUCUCCAGGCAUGGGCUAUGGGCGCAAUUUCAAUGAAAAGCAUCUCAAUCAGAUGUUGCGAGGUCUGUUAGAGUCCCGGAGAAGUCUGCGUAGCAGCUCACCACCCAUACCUCCUUCAUUAUCAGCCUUUAGAGACUCUCAGUCCCAACCAGUUCUAGAAUCAGACCUCAAGAUUGUCAUGUGCCUCAUGUGCGGAGACACGUAUGAUCUGGAUCAGCUCCUUGCUCCUUUCUUGUUGCCCCAGCAUUGUCGCCCUACUAGCAGCCUCCAUAGUGGCACCUCUGUCCUGCUGGAUCUGAGUGUUGGUAGUCAGAGGCAGACUAUUGAGCUGUCUUUGCUGUCCUUCCACUCCUCAUUCACUCUCCGCAAGACUAAACUGGUCCAUGGCUACAUUGCAGUUUAUUCAGCUCGCCGGAAAGCGUCUUUGGAAACGUUAUGUGCUUUCCUUUGUGAAGUUCAAGACAUCAUUCCAGUCCAGUUGUUAGCAGUUGGGGAAAGCCAGAUGGAGCUUUCAGACUCCGAGUCAGCCAGGGAACAGGUCAGUCAAGGAGAGGAACUUGCUCAUGAAAUUGACGCAAGGUUUAGCACAAUAAUAUGUGGGCAUGGAGGAGUUGUAGGCGGGCUCCAUAAAAUAGAUCUUUUCCAAUCUUUUCUCAAGGAUAUAGUUGAGCAGCGCACCAUUAUCGAAGCUACACACAUGUAUGAUAAUGUGGCGGAAGCCUGCACCAAUGAGAGCACCAGCCCCCGUUGCGGCUCUCCCAGUCCAGUUAACAUUCUUAUGGACUCAGAAGAUGAUAUUGACCCUUCACCACCUUACCCAACCCUGAGAGAAGAUGGAGGCCUUGGCUCCCAUCUGGUUAGCUUUAAACUGCCUGAUAUGGAUUCAAGUGAUACAUUUUCUGUCAUUUCUGAGCUCAGUACUUUUGAGAGUAAGCUGAACAACAAGGUGCCUCCACAAGUGAAACCUAAACCUGUCCGCAAGGUCAAUCUAGGUCCUUAUAUGGACCAGCAGGUUGGCACCAACAGACGUUCCUUGCCGCAAGCUGUCACCUGGGCUCCAGGUAGUGAUGGUGGCUACGAUCCCUCGGAUUAUGCAGAGCCGAUGGACGCUGUGAGCAAACCUCGACAUGGAGAAGAGGAGAGUAUUUACUCCGUCCCUCAUGAUAGCACGCAAGGCAAGAUUAUCACUAUUCGCAACGCCAACAAAGGUCACGCCAACGGGAGUGCUGGUGGAAAUGGGUCGGACAGUGAGGCCGAUAGCAGCUCACUGGAACGUAGAAGAAAAUUGUCAGCCAUUGGCAUAAAGCCCAAGCUUUACAGAGAUAGAUCUAAACGACUUGGGAAGUUCAGCAGUUUUAGAACAAGCUUCUCAAUAGGCAGUGACGAUGAAAUGGGUGGUCCACCUAAAGCUAGCCAGGAUGACGGAGGAGGCCAAAAGGACAAUUCCAUUGAAGAGAGUGAAGAUCCGAAAAGGAGAAAUAUCCUAAAGAGCCUGCGCAGAAAUACAAAGAAACAGCGAGCCAAGCCGAGACAUUCCAUUUCAAAACCUAUUGAGAGCAACUACUUCGGAAUGCCUCUGGUUGCCGCGGUAACUCUGGAGAGGCCCAUCCCAGUGUUCAUUGAGAAGUGUAUCCGAUUUAUCGAAACCACAGGCUUGAGCACUGAGGGGAUCUACAGGGUUAGCGGGAACAAGGCGGAGAUGGAGAGCAUGCAACGUCAAUUUGACCAAGAUCACAACCUGGACCUGGUGGAAAAAGACUUCACGAUCAACACAGUAGCUGGAGCAAUGAAGGCCUAUUUCUCCGAGCUUCCCGAGCCUCUGGUGCCAUACAGCAUGCAAGGAGAACUGGUGGAGGCCUUCAAGAUCAACGAUAGGGAGCAGCGCUUCCAGACGAUGAAGGACAUUCUCCUCCGCUUUCCUCGGGAGAAUUAUGAGGUCUUCAAAUAUGUUACCAGCCACUUAAACAAGGUGAGUCAGAACAGCAAGCUGAACUUGAUGACUAGCGAGAACCUGUCCAUCUGCUUCUGGCCGACACUGAUGCGUCCCGACUUCACCACCAUGGACGCGCUGACGGCUACACGCACCUACCAGACAAUCAUCGAGAGCUUCAUCCAUCAAUGUGCGUACUUCUUCUACAAUCAACCUCUGGCCGACGGCCCUCCUGGCUCGCCCACCUCUACGCUCUCCUACGGCGGGGGCACCUCGGCGUACUCGUGCAUGGCCGCCGGUUACUCUUCCUCGCCGGCUCCGUCCCCUCCGACACCUUACGUCCUCCCCGCCACUCCUCCAGUUAUCCCUCACUACGGCCCACCCAUCCACCAUCACCACCACCACCACCACCAAUCCCCGCCCCGUUCCCCGCCACCCACCCCCCAGUUACCUCUCCCCGCCCUUCUGCCACCCUCCCUGCACCCUCACCACCCACCUACGGAACAACACACGCUGUGAAACACCAAGGGAUCAAGGGAAAAUCAAAAAAGAGAUUUAUGAGUGCUUCAGAAAGAGAUUAGGACUAGUAGAAACCAGGAACAGGAAGUGGGAAGAUGACAUUGAGGUAUCUGCAGUAUGUACAGUGAGAUACUUUGGGAGAAGAGUGCUUGUAUAGAAGGCCCCCACUGGCCACUUCACUUCCUAUUUUUCCCCCUCUCCUUGUCACCUAACCAGGGGAACAACAUGACAAUGAAUAGUGAGAUGUUGCCGGGACCUAGGAAGGACUCAGGGCGGGACUCCAAGACACUAUCGACACAUGUACGGCCACGAAACAUUUUUUUUUUUUUACCUAGCUAGAGGCCCUGCUUGCACACAUUUGCUCACUCAAAUUCUUGUCUCUACACACAUGCACACAGACAAAGACGGUUUCACUCGAGGCUCUUUGCCAGGCAACGGAGAGAGAGCAAGGAGGGAAAAAAACUCAAACAACCGGAUCUGCAGAUCGUCAGGGCAAAGGAUCAUGGGUGCACUCACGCCCUUGGCAUUCAAUAUACUGUAUGUUCACGCUCGAUCUGGAUGGGAGCGUGAUUACCAAGUUACUGUUAUUAUUUUUUUAAGUCGGCCCACACCUAAUGUUUCCGUCUUUCUGUUGCCAAACAGUCAAUGUGUGAAUGUGUUUUUUUGAACCUGCGUGUGUGUGCCAGUUUUCAAAGUAAGGACCUUGUUCAAAAAGCACUUUUCUUAGCACUUUCAAGGCACGUUUUUUUUUUAAUUAUCAGAGCUGUGACUUCACGUUCCUCUCACUCGCUUUUUUGGGAGCACACCACUGACAUCUAGAGGAGCAAUCGGGGUAUUGCAGCCACUACAUGGGCGUUGCACCAUAUCUUUCACUGCUGAUAUUUUCAUGUCCGCUUUGUUUUUUUUCUAAGACUGUGUUAUCAAACCUUUUGUGAGCCAAGGCACAUAUUUUACAUUAGGAGAAUCUCACUCCCAAAAACAUAUCCCAAAUGGUUACACAAAUUAAUUCCCAUCGAGCAGAAGAGUAUGUCUGCGGCUAGGUCAUUUUCAUCACACCUCUGUCAUGGCGCACUUGUUUCGAGAGGUGAUAUUUUAAUGGUGAAGCAUUAUAUGUUGUCUUUAAAAAAAUAUUUUUUAAAAUUUUGACAAGUUGCAUCCUCACAACACAGUGGCUUCUCUGCAAGCGCCCCCCAUUUGGACCUUUAAAAAUAGUUCUAAAAAUGCUAAUAAUGUUUAAGAAAUUUUGAGACUGGUUUCUCGUUUUAGCUUUAUUUUAAUAAGGUGUAUUAGGGCCACAUAUUUGUUUUUGUUUUUUUCCCCAAAUAAUUCAGAAUACAUUUGUAAAGUUGUGAUUAAAAUAUCAGAAAUGAAUUGUUCGAAUUUGGCUGACUUAGGGAAGCAUAAGAAAAAUUAAUACAGACGAUAUGGAACCUUUCACGUAACCAGUCGAAGAAUUACUUUACUUACUUUUUUUUCACCCAUAACAAAAAAAAAAAGAUAAAAAAUGUCAAUAAAGCCGUAAAAUAUAUUUUCCUUCUGAAAUGUAUUAAUACAGUUUUUUUGUUGUUGUUGUCAUAUUACCAUUUUUAUUAUUUUAAAAAUGUGUACACCCACCUAUUUUCCAUACUGCUCAUUUUGUGAAAUUUAAAAUGAGCAACACAACAUUAUAUAGACAAAAAACUAUGGCUAGCUUCUUGUAAUAUUUCCAGUUUAAUCUUGGAAAUAUAUAUAUAAUUUAAAGUUUUUCCUCCAAUUUUUUCUUGCGAAUUCAUAUUGCUUCUUGCGUUCCGACUUCAUGCAGACUGCAGAUUUUUUUUCCCUCUCAUGAUGAAUAUGCGGUAAAAUAAAUCCCCCCUGUUAAACUUGUAAUUUGCCUGUAUGUAGAAAAAAAAAUGUAAAUUUUAUGACAUUAUAAUCCAUUUGUAUUCUUGCAGUGACAGUUUUUGUAAGAUUUGAAAAUGAAGUGAUAAGAUUACAAACAAAAUGUACAUUCCGGGAAAAAUGCAUUUUGUCACAUUGUCACCAUUUUACAAAUGUAUUUUGCUUAUUUAAAAACUUUUCCAUUGUGGCCCUAAUAACCUUGAUAACCUAAUCAUGUGUCCCUGGGAAUAGCAAACAAGCUCUUUUAGGCUCAGUUUCCUUCCCCUAUGACUUGACCCCCUAUGCCAUACUGCCCCUAGUGUCCCUGCCAUGGCACUACAACUCCUUGUCUCUCCCCAUCAGAGUCGAUCUUGUUGUUUUUCGGGAAAAGAGAUGGGAACAGACAGUCCAUUCAUCCGUCUGCACCACCGGAACAGAGCAUCCCAAAUUCCCUUCCCUGUCCUGCUGUUACCGUAGAAACCAAUGAGACCGGGGGCUCCGGAAGAGCCAUAAUCCAAACCGCUUUUGAAGUGUGUCUUUGUGUAUUGUUACACAGAUGCUCACCAAGGUCACCUGAAUCCUCCCAGCUAGGCCCGAACGCCUUUUAAACAAUCACUGAACUUUUACAGGAGAUAUGAAUUACAACACUACCUUGUGUACAUGUAUGUGUAAGCUUUUGUGUGCUGGAAUUAAGAGUGUGUAUGUUGGACGAGGUGAGCAUGGCAGACGUCCAGACAGCAACGUGAUCCAAACAAAGGUGACGGCGAGGAAUGCGGCUGCUCGAUGCCCCCGCCGGGUAAGCCUGUUUGCUCAUCUACAUGAUUUGGGACAAGCGGAGUGGGAUGAUUACUUGGGAGAGAGAAAUGUGACCACUGGUAGUGUGUGUUAACCAGUGGGUCCAAUCUGUGUUGAACUGACUGUCAGGCAGCCAAAGACUGGACAAAAAAGGUGACAGUGCAGAACAAUUGAACUAUAAAUGAAAAAAAAAAGUGACUUUUCCCCCCCAAGCAAACAUGACAGAUGUCUGUUAAGUUAAAAUGAAAAAAUGAAGAGGAAAAAAAACAGUAUAUUGAAUGAGUUUUUUAUGGUAUGUCAGGGUGGGCCAGGGUCUAACAUUUUGCCUCUUUAGUCUGUGGUGAUAGGAAGAAGAAAAAAAUCUUUUUUUAUGUUAAUAGUAAAUAAUGCUUUUAAAAAAUUUCUUUGGUGCCCACUAUAGUGCAUGAAUUCUUCCCAACAAAGGAAGAGGAGGGUUUCACCACUCGGGAGUAUUUAAGACAUAAUUAAAUAAUAUUCUGAACUCUUCUGAGAGGUGGUGUCGUAUUGGGAGAAAAAAAAAACAAUGAAAUACUGUAUACUGAAAAGAUAUGUCAAUUUGCUGAGUCUGGUAAUUUGUCUUGAUGGGAAUGGUGUAUACAGCAAGGCCUUAUGUGAUCUGUAUCAUAGUUAAUAAAUGAAAUCUUGUACAAUGAGGGUUUUGUCACUUUUGAAUUCUCAAGUUAAUACUGCAAUUUAGAAAAAGACAUCAAAGUGCUUCAGACAACAUCAGAUGAUCGUGUGAAAAACUGUCUUUCCUUUGUGCUUAACUCAUUUGCUCCCAAAAAUGUAUAAAUACGUUUUAUUUUUAAUUGUUUCAGUUGCCACGUUUACAUGGAGCCAAAUAUUCCAAUUAUAAUCGGAAUAUUUGUUCAAACCGAAUAAAUGUGUUCCAUAUAAACACCUCAUUCGGAAUGAACAGGCCCAAACCGAAUGGAAUUUCAUUCCGAUUCACAGGGGUGGAAUAUUCCUUUUCUCAAACCGAUUAGAAGUAAAAUUAUAUCAUGUAAACAGGGAAGCGGAAUGGUGUCUGGUUGCGUUCUUUCUGCACAUGCUCCGUACUGACAUGGUGACGUCACUUUGUGACGUAAGUAACGUCACUUGCAACAUGGCUUCCAAGCACAGCGCACCUAAUUGGAGUCCGGCGGAAAGAUUGUAUUUAAUUCAAACUUUAAAAGAAUUGAAUAUAAUUGCUCGCUUAGACGGGCGUAAAACGAGGAACAGUGAACUAUUUAAAAAAGUUCACGAGAGGUUACACGAAGCCGGAAUAGACCGGAGCAUUGACCAGAUUAGAAACCGGUGGAAAACUGGCUACUACAAGGCAAAAAAAGAGCAAAACAGCAGAAGCGGAUACGACCCCACAAACACAACAAGUGGGUUAAAGUUAAAACAGCAGCACUCCGACGAUCGAUCUCCAUGUUUUGCAACGUGACGCUUUGUUUUGAUUAAUCUGCGCAUGUCAGACGGCAGUUGUCUAACGUCCUUUCGGAAUAAAGGCAGUCACAUGUAAACGCUGGAUCGGAAUAGAUGAAGUGACAUGUAAACAGCUGAU